AUGGACAAGUCUUGGAUUUUCAAAGAUAGGGAUACACUUGACUAUGAAAUUGGGGUUGAAGAGUUUUUAAUAUUUGCCGAGGAAAAUGCUAGUGAUACUAAAAAAAUCCCAUGCCCCUGUAAAAGAUGUGUUAACUUUAAAAAAUUUGCAGUUAAGAUUAUUAGGGGACAUUUAUAUGAAUACGGUUUUAGUUUGGGAUACCUUGAUUGGAUUUGGCACACACAAGGGUGUGGAAUCACUGGAUCAACAGUUCAUGACAAUGCCCCUAGCCCUGCACCUACGCUUGACCCUGCAUCGAUGCAUUCCCCUGGUCAUGCAUCACAAACAGUCAAUGUUUGUGAUGCUGCGUAUAAUUCGAGUGAGUACAAUAAUGAGUCGUAUCAGUUUAGGAGAUUUGUGGCUGAUGCUCAACAGCCUUUGUAUGAGGGUAGUGAAUGUACCAAAUUGGAGUCGAUGCUGAAACUGCAUAAUUGGAAAGCAAGGUUUGGAAUUAGUGAUAGCACCUUUACAGAUUUAUUGUCUACUGUUGGCUCUCUCCUUCCUAAAGAAGAUGUGAUGCCACCUAAUGCAUAUGAAGUCAAGAAAACAUUAUCCAACUUAGGCCUAGAAUACAUAAAGUACCACUCAUGUCCAAACGAUUGCAUACUAUAUCGGGGGGUAUAUGUUGAUGCUUCUGAGUGUCCUAAGUGUGGUCUAUCUCGCUGGAAGUUAGGAAAGGAUGGUAAAGUAAGGAUUAAUGUUCCUGCUAAAAUAAUGUGGUAUUUUCCAAUUAUUCCGAGAUUCAAGCGAAUGUUUAAAUCUCCUUCUACAUCUGAACUGAUGACCUGGCACGCAAAGCAGCGAAUAGAAGAUGGAAAGAUGCGGCAUCCAGCCGACUCUCCUUCUUGGAGAAAUAUCGACUAUAGGUGGCUUGCCUUCGGUAGUGAGGCAAGAAAUAUUCGCUUGGCGUUGUCUGCAGAUGGUAUAAACCCGCAUAAUAACGGUCUAACCAAUAGAUACACUUGUUGUAGGGGUGAUCAGAAAACCGCAUAA